AUGAACUGCAAUGACUACGCGCAGAUUGAGCGGCUGAUGAAGUGCGUCCGCCAGCAGGCCGCCAUGCUGGACAGUUUUCCGCGCGAUCAGUUCAUUAUAAAGCCCAAGGUGGCCUGGCUGGAUCUGGACAAGUGCAAGAGGUCUUCCAAUCCAAUUGCGGAAAAUCCAUGCAGUUCAUAUCGUGUCUGGGUUUUACGGCCCAUCCUCGAUCGAUUUGUAAAGGUGAAUUCCAGUGAGGAACUGAAAGUCCAAGUAAAUGCUAUGGCAGAAACUAUUAAGGAUUUGCAGAGUCAAAUCAACUGCAAGGAAGAGCAAUUAGUUGGAAAAACCAGGGAAAUCAAGGAUCAAAGGGGUAAGGUUAAUGUUUUGGCGGCAAACAUUAAACACUUGCGGAGUGAGCUGGUAACAGCUAAGGCUGAAAUCAAAAACAAGGAUAAACAGAUACAAUUUAAUUUUGAAAAAAUAUCUGAGAUAACCGAAGAACUUUUGGAAUGCAAGCCAAAGGGCUUUUGUCCCAGCGAAGGACCAAGUGGAAUUUACAAUAUUACAAUGAGGGGAAUCCAAACUUUCGAGGUACCCUGCAAUUCAAAAGGUUGGUUAACCAUUCAAAAACGUUUCGACGGUUCCGAGAACUUCGAUCGUCCCUGGAAGGACUAUAAGGAUGGAUUCGGGAAUACAACAGGGGAGUUUUUUAUUGGGUUGGAAAAAAUGCACCUUAUGACCCACGAGCAACCACAUGAACUUUACAUAGCACUGAGAAAGAUCGAUGGAUCCACUAGCUAUGCUCAUUAUAAGGAUUUCAAAAUUGGAAGUGAAGAAGAAUCGUAUGCGCUUAAUGCGCUGGGUACAUACAAAGGUACGGCCGGGGACUCCCUGAGGGUCCAUGAGAACAAAAAGUUCACCACCCUCGACAGGGAUAAUGAUUCCUACAAACAUAAUUGCGCUUCCGAUGAAUAUGGUGGCUGGUGGUACUACAACUGUGCCCAGAGCAUGCUCAAUGGAAAGUACUAUAAAGAGGGGCACUCAAGAAAUAACAAGACAAAUGGCAUUUUGUGGGGUUCUUGGCACAACAACGACUGGACCUACUCGCUCACCUUUGUGGAAAUGAUGAUUAGGCCUAAAACGUUAUGA